AUGUCAAUCACGUCGCGCAGCCAAAGCUCCUCCCCAGAUAUUCUCGGUCCUCCAGGAGACGCCGACUACCUGAUUUCCUCUCCGAUCAAACCAUUUACCGGUCGCCAAAGCUGGAUGUCUCCCGCCGUAAUAAAACGUCAGCAAACACCGGCCAAGCGACCGCGCGCGAGCCUCAGUCCGGGGAAGAGUGCGCAUUCGAUUCGCUUUGAUGAUAUCCUGCUUCCUGGUUCGCCGAGUAGGAAAUUGACUGGUCGCCAAAGGUCACUUUCACCAGAGAAAGUUCAACAAGAUGGCAACGUGAGCCCGUGGCGUAUCCGGGUCACGCUUGAGGCAACACAAGAUGAAGAGAACCAAGUCGAAGCCAGCCCUUCGCGCAAACGACGACGACCCUCUACUGUGACGACUAUGGUACCUUUGAAAGACGAGCGCAGUCCGUUAAUGGAAAGAACACCCGCAAGGAAGCGUGGGCGCCCACGAAAGUCGGAUACCCUUCCUCAGAAUGGAUCGCCAUGGCCAAGAAGCCCAGGACACACCCCCGGUCCAAAUGAACCCAGUACGGAGAAAAGGAAACGCGGCCGACCACGAAAGGGUACACCGAAACCACAGCAACAGGAAGCACUUGUUGCAGACGAUGCGCCGACACCAGCGCAACCCUCGCCAAUGGAUAUGACUGCGGACGUUGCUGAUGCGGGUCGUCAAUGGAGCCCAAUCAACCUGGCAGUGGAUGAAGGCAUUGAUAGCGACUCUCUUGGGGCCGAUGAUCUACCCGUUGCAAAUCUUCGCGCACCAACGCCAGCGCAGCUCAAAACCUGGAACAAUGAAACUGGCCGCGAGUAUGGCAGAGCUACCUAUGAUACCCCCAUUAUUGCAGAUACAGAGCACCAUUUUCAAGACGAUGAUCACAACAUACAUUCUACUCCUUCUAAGAUGCCAUCGCCAAGCCGAGAAAGGCAAGGCUCAUCAACUAGAUCAUCACGCCGCGGCACAACCUCAUCACCACGCACCUACCCUUCGCCUAGUCCAACUUCUUCGCCGGGCGAGGAAGAGAACCGGGCUAGAGAACGUCGACUGCACCAAAUUGAAGAGGGCGACCACCAGCAACCUACUUAUGAUACAGUGGAAGAUCCGACUGAUGACCACGAAGAGUUUGAUUCUAUCAUGGAAAGCGAGGGGUUCACAAUGGUGUCCUUGGAUACACUUCCCUCGGCCAAACAGUUUGGACUUGGAUCCGGCGCCAGAAAUGCUACAGAUAAUGCUUCAAAAAUCCUAAGGGACCGAGAGAAGGGCCUUAUUGGUGAACGAUUAAAGCGCAAGUUAGGUGGGGGCAUUGAUGAUCUACGAAGCGACACCCACAGCUCCGCAAGGCCGAGUCUGUUGGCUCAAGAGCCUUCUCCGGUCUCACAGAGUCCACAAUACCCUCAACCGGAGCCAAUCCAUCCGAGACAACAAACUUCAUCACAUGCGGUAUCCUAUCCUGAGCUUCCCGACACAGAGUCACCCGAGAAGCCAUACGCCGAGCAAGCUGGCACUUUUGAGCCCGAGGAAGAUGAUUUCCAGGGUGAUGUUGACGAAGUAGACGAAAUCGAGCGGUCAAACCAGGACGAGCCGGAUAUGGAAGAAGUGGGAGAAGAGGACGAGCCUAUUUUGGUCGAAUCACCGCAGUCCGUAAGAAAAAGUCCACUGCAACAUAGUCCAGCGGGGUUUAGUGAGGAUCGAGAACACCGAUGGCAAAUGGAUCGAGAAAUUGUUAGUCGGCAUGCAGCAGACCCCAUGAAUGCAGCGCGCCUCAUAUACAUCGAUAGCGACGAUAAUGAGGAUGAUGAUGGCAAGGUACAGGGUAAUCUUCAGUCUGAUGCCGAGCCAGCCAUUUCCGACGAUGAAUCUGUUGAUGAAGAGCCAUUUUAUGAAGAACCCCUUGGUGAACCUCUGGAUCAACCUAUCCGUCAACCUCCUCGCCCUCGCCAACCAAUUCACCAACCUUUCUAUGAACCCCUCGACGAAGAACCUGUUGACGAAGAGCCUUUCAAUGAAUUACAGCUUGAAGAACCUCUGGAUCAGCCUCUCCAUCAAUUCCCCCGCCAACCGAUUCAUCAACCUCGCUAUGAACCCCUUGAUGAAGAAUCUGCCGAUGAACCCUUAUAUGAGACUCGCAAUCGAUCACUUCACCAAGAUAUCCGCCAACCUCGCCAUGAGGUUUUCGAUGGCGCCUUCGAAGAAGAACCUGUCGGUGAAGAAAGUGCCACUGAAGAACCGCUCGAUGAGGAGCCGCUUGAUGAAGCACCGAACUAUCUUGAAUCAGAAAUGAUGCCGAGGUCACAGACCUCUGCUCGGAAAGUCGAAUCGGAGGAAAGCUUGGAAGAAGACGAUGAAUCUGUCGACAUUUGGCAGCAGGAGAAAGUUGCUGAAGCCGAUAUGGAGGAACCCGAAGCUAGAUCAGACCGAACCAGGUCUCAAGAGAGAGACUUGGAAGCAGAUGCCGCUGAUGAGGAUGGAUUUGAUGACAUCUGGCAACAAGAAGCACGAGAUCGUAGUUACCUUUCACAGCAGUCGGAUGAUUACGUGUCGCCUCUCCAAGAAAGCAAGAGUCCUUGGAAGAGGAUUGCUCGUACUUCAGCGCAUGAGGACAACCUGAGCUCAUCUCCGGCUUACGUGGCUGUGGAGCAUGAUGAUGCCCGAUACUUUGAUCGAACCCACAUUCGCAAGCUACGCGAUCAAGAGGUUGAUCUCUCUGCUAUCAUGGCGGAGGAGGACACUCCAAACAGAGCCCGUUACUAUAACGGAACAAGUACCCCAAGGAGUAUCUUGCGCCGGCCAGGCCUCCAAAGCUCCAUCAAUGGCUCCGCGGUAAAACCUACCUCGCAAAGGCCAGAGAAACGGGUGCGUCUGCAACCUAUCUCCCAAAGUCCAGAAAGGUAUCCAGAAGUGAAAGACUCGCCUGCCGCGCAUCGAAACUCGCAAGUUUCGCCACCAAUAGAUAUCCAUGCCAAUGGGAGUGUUUCAGGCUCUGGCGAUGAUGAGUCUGUGCAGGACUUGACAGCCACUCCAGAACAACCUCGCCAGCAAGAAGACGAGCCUGAAGCAACUUGGUUCCAACGAAUUACCAGCCUGACUCCCAGGUGGCUCAAACUCCCACCAAAGUCUCGUUAUGACGACACUUCUAGCGAAGCUUCUGAAGUUGAACAAGACUACGAGCAGAGUGACCAAGAGGAAUCUGAGCAUAUGCAAUCGGCACCCGAGAUCCGAGAGGACUCUGAGCACGAGCCUCUUUCUAGUCCAUCGCACCAAUCAUCCGUCCGACAGUUGGACGAAUCGGCAAGCCCCCCGCCUGUGAAUGAGGAAGAUCACCUGCCUUCCAUUGAGGAGGAAGCAGAGGAUCCCUGGAUCCAGCCAGAAGUACCUGAGGACGCCCUGGAAUAUGAUCCUGUGGUCGAUCAUGAUAAGCUGGAGCGUCCGAAACCGAGACCACGACCACUUGCUGUGUUUGGCUACUUUUCCGAUGCUCAUUAUACUUCUCUUCGGCGAAUCUACCGAAUGGCAAAGCGACACCCGGAGCGCUUCCCAUACUUCGAUGCGCCCGGACGCGCUGAGAUUAUGGGUGACUGGAUGUGGACCUCAGACGGACAUCACGGGGUGCCUAUCACCGAAGUGCAAUUUGCCGUGAUUGAUCGCUUCGUACAUGAACUGUCGCAUGCCGACAUCGAGUAUGGCGGCAGUGGACAGGUAGAUUGGACUGAGGCCGAUCUACAUCGGAGGCUGAUCAGUGUUAUCAUUGGCGAGCAAAUCCGAGAAGAGCGAAAAGCGAAGACUUUCCGGAGCGCCUCGGUUGAUACCUGGCGAUGA